AUGAAGAUCCCCUACUUGUUCUUGUCUGUCCUCGCAUCUAUGGCCAUGGCUGCACCCGUCGUGCCCAGCGAGGCCUCCAAGGAUGCCGUCGAGAGGCGCCAGCGCUUCCCCGAGUUGUGCGGUGCUUGCGUGAACGGCUCUAAGAUUUGCCAUUUUUGA